AAAUUGUAAAUAAAUCAUAGUAUAUGCUUAGUUACUUUUCCUUUGAUUUUCAUUCAAGUUAUUCAGAAAUUUCCUUUGAAAAAGUAUAUAAAUUGCUUCAUUACAAUAGCUUCUCAUCACAUCCUUCAAAUUUCAUAGAAUUCAUGGCAGAGCUUAUAGGAACAAAACAUAAGCUUAUUGAACAAACUAUGAUUUUUCCAUCAUCAACAACAAAAAUUUGUCUUCCUCUUACAUUUCUUGACUUACCUUUAGCAGGUCCAAUCUAUGUUCGACGCCAAUUCUUCUAUCGAUUUCCUCAGUCGACAAACCAUUUUUGCCAAACAACUUUUCCAUCUCUCAAACAAUCACUAUCUCUCACUCUUCAACAUUUCUUCCCUCUUGCUGGAAAUCUCAUCUCUCCACCAACACCAAACAAACCCUUCAUUCUCUGCACUGAAAAAGACUCUGUCCCUUUUACCAUCGUCGAAUCUUCCGAAGAUUUCAACCAUCUUUCAGCCAAUUACAAACUGAAAAAUAUCAAAGACUUUAACCACCUUGUUCCAAAAUUAACACAUAAAACAAUCCACGAUGACAAUGACAAUGACAAUGACAAUGAAGAUAACAACACCUUUGUCUUUCCUUUGUUGUCUUUGCAAGCUUCUGUUUUUCCUAACAAUGGUCUUUGCAUUGCAAUCACAUAUUGUCAUGUUAUGGAUGAUAGUUGUUGUAGUCAUUUCAUGAAGACUUGGUCUUUAAUCCAUAAAAAAUGUGAAAGUGUUGACUUAAAGUCAACGCCUUGUUUUGAUAGAGAUAUUUUGAGGGACCCAAAAGGGUUAAUUGAGAAUGUUUUCUUAAGAGACUAUUUUGAAGAAAGAAAAACAUGGAAGAAUAAACUCAUUGGUCAAACUCAAACUCAAACUAUUGAAGAACAUCAUGAAGUGGUUGAAGAUUAUUUUAAAGCAACUAUUGUUUUUGGAAAAGAAGAAAUUGAGAGAAUGAAAAAAUGGGCACUUAGUCAAUGGAAUAAAAAUGAUCAUGAAAUUAUAAAGCCACAAUUUUUAUCUAAAUUUGUUGUAACUUGUGGUUUUGUUUGGGCUAAUUUGGUUAAAACAAGAUAUAGAAAUGAUAAUAAUGAUGAAAAAGAAGAGUUUUUUCGUUUUGCAGGUGAUUGUAGAGAUAGACUUGGGUACAAAAUACCAGAAGGGUAUUUUGGGAAUUGUUUAACACUAUGUCAUGCAACAGUGAAGAGAAAAGAUAUGAAGGGUGAAGAUGGUUUUGUGAAAGCUGUUAAGGUAAUUGAAAGGGCAAUAAGUGAAAUGAAAAAUGAACCUUUUAAAAAUGUUGAAGAAUGGAGAGAUACAUUUAAGAAUAUGUUUGAAUUUGGAAGUGUUUUGUUGGUGACAGGUUCACCUAAGUUUAAUGUUUAUGAGACUGAUUUUGGAUUUGGAAAACCUGUUAAAGUUGAAAUGGUGCAUUCUUUUAAGUGUAUGUCUAUUGCUGAAAGUGGAGAUAGAGAUGGUGGAAUUGAGGUUGGGUUGGUAUUCAAAAGUGGAGAAUUUGAAUAUUUCUGUUCUGUUAUUGAACAAGGACUUGAAGCUUUUAAAUCCUAACAAAGGUGCUAUCAUUGUCUUUUAAUAGUUUGUGUGUUUUUAUUUUUUACUUUUGUCCCAUGUAAUUAGAGAAUUUAAAUUUAAAUAUAGAUAUAGAUACUUCUUUUGUUAAAAUUUAAAUUUUAGUUUGCUAUCUUAUGAACCACCAACUCAUUUUACUAUGGCUACGUUUGAGAAGACAAAUAAGCUAGCAUAUAAUUUAUAGCUUAUAGGUUAAAUGCUCUGUUAGUUUUUUAUAACAAGUGAACUUUAUAGCUGUCAAGUAAUAAAAUAUUCGAUUCU